UUCCGGCAGUGCCGUCAGUCAAGCCGACUUCCCCGCGGUUGUUGGCUGUGGUACGCUAGACACUAGAUCCGACCUGCUUCCGCCUCCUUCACUCGCGUUUAGGUGAGCGAGGCAUUUCGAAAUCCGUCCCAGUUCGCGGUCCUUGUCAGCACCUAGCAGUGUGAACGUCAGAGUUGGUCGACCCCCAUGGUUGGCCCAUCUGCAACGCUCUAGCGGUCGUUAUUAUAGAGAGUAAAUCCCCGAGACGCAGGGCUGAUCACAUCCAGGGUCCCAGCGUAUAGAAUCUCCUCCUGCAUCUAUCUCGACCGCCCAAUAUAUUCCUCUUCUUGAUUGUUUUGCCCAGAGACAUGCUCGCAUUCAUGUCUUCAGAAUCAUCAAAUUCGUCUCCAGGGGUGAGCUAUUGGUACGGGAACAAUCCCUCAACUGGAUUAGCAGGUGCUCUGCCGCAGGACGGUUCAAACCCCCGAAUGAUGCGGCGGGCUUCGGAGGCGGUAAUUGAUUCGUACGUGGGACAUAGCCAGGAUCCAAUUGGAUGGGAUCAGAGAGACAGCCCCCUCUAUAUCGACACAUCUUCAGUCCCAGCACUCGAAAUUCGACCGCAGUCGUCGUCGUCGACGCCAAUUCACAAGGCCCCUCUAGCCCCUAAGCAGGGCCUUGGGGGACAUCUAGGAGGUUCAAGACCUCAACACCAGUCGCCAAUCUCGGGGACAUAUGCGUUGCGUACUCCAAGAGGAAAGAUAACCUCCAUCGCUUGCGAAAGUUGCAGGAAACGCAAAUCAAAGUGCGACGGGGUUAGGCCGAAAUGCAACACUUGUCAAUCGAAGAACCUUUCGUGCUUUUAUGAUGUCGCCGAAGAUGGCAAGACCACCACCCAGUUGCGGGCGCAUGUCAGACGGCUGGCGAAGGAGCUGGAUGAUAUGAAAUCGAUCGUAUCGUUGUUGGCUAUGGCGCCUGAUCGGGCGACCGCUGUGAAUUGGGCGAACGAGCUGGAGAAGAAUGGGUUCGCACAUCACUCAGCCGAAGAAAUUAAAAAAUCCCUUCAGGAUUUCCACGAGCAACAGCGUCAGAUACCGGAACAGGAAUCCCUGAGUACACCUGGCAGUGAAUCGUACCAACAGCCACCGCAAAGUCUGGCGCCAUCAUCCUAUGACGGGUCAUCACGAGACGACAGAAGCCGAGAACAAAGCCAGCCGGCACUGAGCUUUCAACCCGAAACUGCAAUAGACGCCGCAUCGUCAUUCAACUAUCACAAUGCGGCUUCAAGCGAGGUGGGAAAAUUUAGCUUCGAUUGUGCGUUUUACAGAAGGACAAAACGAGAAAUGGUUGCAAAUGGAUGGGACGAAGUACAAAUAUUCGGCCGAAGCGAAAUUGAUGUCGACACUAUCCUUUUGGGAUUCAUGGAUCCCCAAGACGGACAGCCUGUACCCACCUGGUCCUCACGGACAGUGAACAAAAUUCUCCCUGCGGCACCUGUCCCAAUUCGACUAGCUUCGACAUAUCUUUUGACUAAAAUGAUGAGGUGGCUCAUAUGGCCGAGUGUCGAGAAUAUGAACGCGAUGCCGGAUUGGCUGAUGCCGCUCGCAAGACAGGACUGUUCGCCGUAUGAUAUCCUAGUAGAUCUUCUUCCUUGGCCACAAUUGCGACAAUAUCUGUAUCGACAUCCUGGAGAUUUUGUCGUAGGAGCCUUUAUCGGCUUCGUUGGGUUAAAUUGGCCAUACGCGGAUGAUGCCUGCCAUUACUGGGAUAUCGAGUCUGGGUGUACGCGGAUGACCCCGCUGUUUGAGAAUCACGUCAGUGAUUUGAACAACUGGACAUUAGAUGCCAAAGCCUUGGAGAUCAUGCCCCAGCUUGAGGGCAUAGUGCCCGUAAAAGUAUGACCAAAAAGGGGUGAUAACGGAGUCCGAGUGUGUCGUCUCUUUCCAUGAACUGAUUCUUGUACUUCUUGCUGGGGCCUAUCGGAAUGUUUUGUUCGUAUAGCUGGCUUUGGCUCCGUAAUGACCUGCAUGGUGGCUGUCUUGAAUGCUUUAUUCAAAUGUAUAGUAAGAAACAAACGAAAAUAUGAGAGUGAAGAAGAUCGAAC